AGUAAAGUCGAUAAAAUGAAGAUAGGAAACAUUUAUUCAUUAUUUAUUAUUAUAUAUUUUUUACAGUGUGCGUGUAGUGACAGCAACGAUAAAUUACAGUUUGCCACAGAGUAUUUAGAAAGAUAUGGUUAUAUUAAUCAUAAUAAUACCAGCAACGUUCAAGACGAGGAAACAUAUAAUGCGUCGUCACUGCAGACGUUAUUUAGGGAGGCCAUUUCAAACUUCCAGCAAUUUUACCACUUGCCCGAGAAUAAUGGAGAUCUGAAUAAUGAAACCAUAUCGCUUAUGGAAAGAUCACGUUGUGGUGUCAAGGACGAUUACUUGCUGGUGCCAUUUUCCGUAGGAUCUAAUAAGUGGAACAAAACAAAAAUUACCUGGAAUUUUCUUCGCGUAACACAGGAUCCUUAUAUAAAUGUUGCCGAAAGAGCAUUUACUACGUGGGAAAAGGUUACAAAGUUGAAAUUUGAACGGGAAAUCAUUUUCAAACCGGAUAUAGUAAUUUCCUUCGCCGAUGGUUUCCGUCAGCACUAUGAUCGAUGUGAUAGAAGUAAGGUGAGUUUGUGCAGUAGUGAUUUCGAUGGUCGCGGAGGAGUUUUAGCGCAUGCAACAAUGCCGAGACAAAAUCCAGAAUGUCUCGAAAUCCACUUGGAUCGAAGUGAAGACUGGAUUUAUUCUCGAGAUAUACAAAAUCAGUCCGGAUACAGUUUAUAUUGGGUCUUAUUACAUGAAAUUGGACAUACGUUAGGUUUAAGGCAUUCAUCUAAUAAUAACGCUAUAAUGAAUGCUGUAUAUAAUCCAACAUAUCAUGAUCUAAGUCCAGACGAUAUACUUGCUAUUCAAUAUUUAUAUGGUGUUCCCGAUGUUCCUAAACCAACACCACCACCACCACCACCCUCUACAUCAUCAAGGAUACUACAAACAACAACGACAGAAAAAAUAAUAAAUUCUACUCCACAAGUAAACCCUCCUCAGAUAUGUGAUAUAAAAAAAUUCAAUGCAUUCCUAAUUUUAAACAGUAAUCUAUAUGUAUUUUAUAAAACGUGGGUUUGGAUCAUCGAUCUUAAAGUAAAGGUGGUUGGUAAGCCUGAAAUUAUAACAGAUUAUUUAACAUUUUUACCGAAGAGUUUCAAACAAGUUGAUCACAUUUAUCGAAGACCCUCCGGUGAUAUUUUACUAAUUAGUGAUAACAGACUGUAUCUGUUUGAUUUUCCGAGUUUUAUUCCAAAAAAUGGAGGGAUGGGUAGAGCAUUGGAUAAUUUAGGUAUUCCAAAAAAUAAACAUAUAUCUCAAUAUUUAAUUCGUACUCAGGCAACACCUACCAUAUAUAUUUUAUGA